CCAGAACUAAACGACGCUGACAGAAGAAACACUUAGUAAAUUAAUUAAUUAACCGUCUACAAAAUGCAGUCAAAAGCCCUAAGACAUGUUUAUAAUGCCGAAAAAGACUGAACCACACAUCGUGCAAGUGCAAGUGCAAUAAAAAUUAGGCUCGGUAAUGAAAGAAUGCAAUAUAGAAGAGUAGGAAAUACACACGAAAAAACCCCAGCGCUCGCUGUUGUGUGUAAAUGCAAAUGAUAUAUUUUCGUGCAACAACAAGCACAACAACAAAAACACACUAGCAGCAGUGGCGGCGGCAGCGCAGCAAAAAAAAGGAACAACAACAAAAAUAACAAACGAAUAUGAAUGUGUGCGCGUUAAAGAAAAAUUAGAUAAAAAGCCAAAUGAAAUUAGCUCACGCCUGAAUUUCGAGUUUGGCGCAAGGUGAACGAAAAGGCGAAAAGCAAUCAAAACAGUUUCCAUUAUCGCAGUGUGCGUGUGCAGUUUUCCUCCUCGGUCUGCACCGCGUCCCGUCCCCGCCCCACUAGGAGGAAAACCACCUGCAUUGAUUUACAGUGUAAAAUACGGAUAAAAAACGGAACUUGCACUGCGAGGAUAUAUAUAUAUACAUAUAUAUACGCACACACACCAGCGGAAGCACAGGCAAGGCACCAAUACCAGAGCCAGAUUUCUCGAAGGCAGCAGCCUGCCAUAUAAACGCACAAGAAACGCCCAGGCCAAAGGUGAACCUGGCGGACAUUGCAGGUACCAAGGAGAAUUGUAGACACAUUCGUGCCGUCACAAGAACCCUUCCGAUGUCCAAUAAAAUUAACCCGAAGCGCCGCGAACCGACAGCAGCAGCAGGAGCAGCCACGGGAGUGGCCACCAAUACGAACAGCUCGACUGGAUCCUCCAGUGCCGGCAACACGUCUUCGGCCAACACAUCCUCAUCGUCCAGCUCGUCGCUGUCGUCCGCCGGCGGCGGUGAUGCGGGCAUGUCCGCCGAUCUGACCUCGCUGUUCGAAUGCCCCGUGUGCUUUGACUAUGUACUGCCCCCGAUCCUGCAGUGCUCCAGCGGGCAUUUGGUGUGUGUCUCCUGCCGCUCCAAGCUCACCUGCUGCCCCACAUGCCGCGGUCCGCUGGCGAAUAUCCGUAAUUUGGCGAUGGAGAAGGUGGCCUCGAACGUCAAGUUCCCGUGUAAGCACUCCGGCUAUGGAUGCACCGCCUCGCUGGUCUACACGGAGAAGACGGAGCACGAGGAGACGUGCGAGUGCAGGCCCUACCUGUGUCCUUGUCCGGGCGCCAGCUGCAAGUGGCAAGGCCCACUGGACCUAGUCAUGCAGCAUCUAAUGAUGUCGCACAAGAGCAUCACGACGUUGCAGGGCGAGGACAUUGUGUUCCUGGCCACCGACAUCAACCUGCCCGGCGCCGUCGACUGGGUGAUGAUGCAGUCCUGCUUCGGCCACCACUUUAUGCUGGUUCUGGAGAAGCAGGAGAAGUAUGAUGGCCACCAGCAGUUUUUUGCCAUCGUUCAGCUAAUUGGGUCGCGAAAGGAGGCCGAGAACUUUGUGUACCGCCUGGAGCUGAACGGAAACCGGCGCCGGCUUACCUGGGAGGCCAUGCCGCGUUCAAUCCACGAGGGUGUGGCUUCGGCGAUUCACAACUCGGACUGUCUAGUGUUCGACACGUCGAUUGCGCAGCUAUUUGCCGAUAAUGGUAAUCUGGGCAUCAAUGUGACCAUAUCGCUGGUCUAAACGCACUGUCAAUUCGCCGAGUUUUUCAUUAAUUUUUUUCUAUAUAUACAUAUUUAUUUAUAUAUGUAUGU